CCCUUUAGUAUCCGUUUUUUGAUGGGCAGUGACCAAAUCAUAGCCUUCAUGUUCCAAACCGUCCAGGCACCACCCAGGCACAGACGCCCUGACGCCCCGCCCCGAACUUGUCCUGCUUCCUCAUCCCACCGUCUUAGGGUCUCCUUUUUAUUCUUGUCGCAUAUCUUCUUUCAUUCUCCCAUAUUGCUCUGCCCCUCCCCCUCCACAUCAGCGUCCCCUCCUCCUCCGCCCUUCUCCAACUUUCUCCAGCUUCUCCAGAAAUGCUUUCCACCUUCUUCCCUCAGUCAUGAGCGCAACAUACCCCUGGAUGCGCCCACGGCGCCGUGGCCUGUCCUUCCUCUGCAUCGUUGCCACCCUCUUAUGCCUCGCCAUUCUCGCCAUCUGGUAUGGCAUGAACUCUGACCGCGACUAUAUUCACCCAUUCCUCACCCAACUCCUCCCCGCCGGCCAUUGUGCCUGUCAAACCUCCACCUCCUUUCAAUGCUCCACCUGUGUCUCUUGUUCCGAGUCCUCGACUCUCCAGCUAUCCGCCUCCCCCAGCUGGAAAUUCCAAUACCCUCGCGACGCCCGUAACGAGGCCCUCGACCAGACACAAUGCCAGGCCGCCUUUCAGGGUCUGUUCGAAGACAUUGCGCGGGGUGAGCGCUAUUGGCGCGCUCACGAUGGCGGCCUCGUUACCGAUGACCUUGACGAUAUCACCAUUCAACCGGGCAUGGUGCGCGCAUUCAUCUCCCAGGGUCACUUGCAUGUGGUUACCGCACGCGCCAAAGGAGAGGACCACCGUCGCAAAAUUCUGGGUGUCUUGAGUUCAAUCCACCGUGCGCUGGCCGCAGAUCGAGAUCGCACAUCGAGACGCGAUAUUGAAUUCGUGUUUUCCGUCGAGGACAAGGUGGAAGACGUGACGACUGCCAAUCACCCGGUUUGGGUAUUCGCGCGUACCUCGACGGAAGAAGGAGUCUGGCUCAUGCCGGACUUUAGCUUUUGGGCCUGGGAUAACCCGCAGAACUAUAUUGGUCCCUUUGACCAGGUGGUGGAUCGUAUCAAGCGUGUGGAUCUACCCUGGGAUGACAAGGCGCCGCAACUUGUCUGGCGCGGCAAGCCAAGUUUUGCUCCGAAGCUGCGCCGCGCAUUGAUUGAAGCGGCUCGCGAUAAACCUUGGGGUGAUGUCAAGCAGGUCGAUUGGGAUACGGGGUCUAACGUGCUCCGCAUGGAAGAUCACUGCCGGUAUAUGUUUAUUGCCCACGUUGAAGGUCGGUCCUACUCUGCAUCUCUCAAAUACCGCCAAGCUUGCAAAUCUGUCAUCGUCGCCCACAAACUCCAAUACAUCCAACACCACCACUACCUCCUCGUGGCCGGUGGACCCAACCAGAACUACGUCGAAGUGGAACGUGACUUUAGCAAUCUCGCUGAGAAGAUAGAGCCCUUAGUCGCAGAUACCGAACUUGCGCACCGCAUCGCCAGCAAUAGCGUUAAGACCUUCCGUGAGCGGUACCUGACCGCAGCCGCAGAGGCAUGCUAUUGGCGCGCCCUGUUUGACGGCUACGGCAGUGUCUGGAAUAGCAGCGUGAACCCCUGGUCUGACCGCACAGGCAAGGAGCGCGGACUGCGCUACGAGUCGUUCAUCCUGCUAGAAAGCCCAAAGAUGUUUGAGUUCACCGCGGACGCGGCCGUGUCCGGAUACGCUUGAUGCGAUCGACCCCCCUUUUCAUAUUUUUCGUUUCCAAACAGUUUUAUACCAUAGAGCGCCACGACUUGAUUUCGCGCGUUUACCUUUUAGACAUACCCCCUUUUAUCUGUUCUCACAUACUGCACAAUUGGUGAUACUCAACCAAUGUUUGGAUGUCGUUUGUCCUAUCCUCUUUUGCCCUUUGAAUCUCUUGCAUUUUUUGCUCGAUGAGACUCGAGGGGAUGGGAUUCCAGCGAUGUGAACAACGAAGUGGCGUUUUGCAGUUCGAUUUGUGAUACCACGACAGCGUCGAUGCUUUUUCAUUUUUGUUUCUUAUUGUUACUUGGGAGGGACUUCUGUGUAUUUACAUAGACCUGGGCAGAGCGACCUCCCCACCUUACAUGAUUCAUAUUAGACCCUAGAAUUUAGAGGAACUCAGACCUUGUUUGGCGAAG